CUGACAUCAACACGCGCUGCUCUACUCCGUAGGUCUGGCUAGAGGUCUGGACCAGGCGAGCGUCAUUAUAUCGGACCAUAUGGACGUCUGCUUUUAUAUCCUGUAUUUUAAUAAACAAGUCGCACAAAUUGGAUAACGAAUAGAAGGCACGGAUAGAAGGCAAGAGCAUCGAAAGAGAGGCAAGUUUGUUCUGCAUUUUCAGAGAGUAGGCAACCACUCGAGUUUCAGCAUGCUGCUCUGAAGUUCCUAUUCGCCAAGUCUCGUUUUGUAGGUCUGGCUGGGAGAGAGAGGGCUGUCUGAGAGUAUGCUGGACUGGAUGCCUCGGCCUGUCAGUUCUGCAGUGGAUUCAUAGUAUUCAGGUACAGGAGGGAGCCAGAUUCCCGUGUUGUGUGUUCAUCGUGCUGACACUAUUAGACAGACAAGAGGGGUGGAGCUUUAGAGGUGGACCUAACCAAGGACAACUGUCUGGUUUCUUCUCAGUGCAUGGUGCAGUUUCUCACCUGAUGCUGAAGGGAUCCUUCCAAUGUUGACUCUUUGAUCUUCCCUUCAACCCAAGGGCUUCUAAAUGACUAGACUACAGAGGGGAGUGCUAAAGUAUUAGGCCUCGCUGAGCCAUUGGAUUGAAGUUUGCAAAGUAAAAACAGCAGACGCGAGUGAGUGGCACAGGAGAUCUCAGUUGGAGCCUGCCUGAGGACCUAUCUAUGAGCCUAUGACUGUGGCCAUGACAGCCUCCGACAGCAGCUUCCAGUACCGUGCGCUCUUUGAGUACAAACGGGAACGUGGUGAUGACAUCAGCCUCCAGCCGGGGGACGUCCUGACGGUCCUGAAAGCCUCCCUAAAGGACUACCAGGAAGGGGACGAGCGCAGCCCCAAGGGAUGGCUGCACGGCACCAACGAGCGGACCAAGGAGAAGGGCGACUUUCCUGGGACGUUUGUGGAGUAUGCAGGGGUGGUGAGGCAGGUGCUGCCUGUGGUCAAGCCCUGGCCCAGGCCCGUACCCCCAACCCCUGGGGGAACACAGAGCAGUGUCGGGCCCGGGCCCCAGCCUCCAGGGGCCACUGCAGCAGGAGGUGGGGGGCCAAGGGAGGCCCCAGAGGUGUGUGCUCUGCCUGAACAGGCUCCUGUGGCGCUACACAGGCUGAUAGAAGCUCUGGAGAAAAGACAAGGCUUGGAGAGUGAGCCACUGUACCGGACGCCCCCAGCCUCCACCGGACCCCCAGAACUGAGACAGGCUCUUGACACAGACCCAGUCUCAGUGGAUGUGGACCAGUAUGAAGUGGCAGUGUUGUCUGAUACUCUGAGGGGUUUCCUCCAGGACCUGCCCUCCCCCAUCAUCCCAGCUGUGGUCUACAGUGAACUGGUCUACACUGCCCAAGAAACUCAGAGCAUGGAGGACUGUGGCGAGAAGCUGAAGAGGAUCCUGGAGUCCCCCAGCGUGCCCCAGGCCAACCACCAGCUCCUGGUGCACCUCACCAGACACCUGGUCAAGGUGGCCCAGAGUGAAGCUCAGAACCAGGCCAGCCCCAGACUUCUAGGCCAGGUCUUCAGUGAGACCAUCUUCAAACACUCCCACUUCAGUGCGGACGUAAACCCAGAGCACCAUGUGAAGAUCAUGGAGGCCCUGAUUGCAGCCGGGGGACUGGUGGAAAUGCAGGCAGCCCCAGCUCUUCCUCCCAAGCCGGCCAAGCCCAUGACUCCAGUGAGCAGCAGCAAUGGUGUGAAGGAGGGGGCUGGGGGGUCGCUACAGGAAGCAGAAUGGUACUGGGGAGACAUAUCAAGGGAAGAGGUGAAUGAUAAGCUGAGAGACAUGCCUGAUGGGACCUUCUUGGUUCGGGAUGCCUCCACUAAAAUGCAGGGCGACUACACACUAACACUGAGGAAAGGGGGGAACAACAAGUUGAUCAAGAUCUACCACCGGGAUGGGAAGUACGGUUUCUCCGACCCCCUGACGUUUGGUUCUGUGGUGGAGCUGAUCAGUCACUACAGACAUGAGUCUCUGGCCCAGUACAACACCAAGCUAGACGUCAAGCUCAUGUACCCCAUCUCACGCUACCAGCAGGAUCAGCUGGUGAAAGAGGACAACAUUGACGCGGUGGGGAAGAAACUCCAGGAGUACCACAAUCAAUACCAGGAGAAGAGCAAGGAGUACGACCGGCUUUAUGAGGAAUACACCAAGACCUCACAGGAGAUUCAGAUGAAGAGGACGGCCAUCGAGGCCUUCAACGAGACCAUCAAGAUCUUCGAGGAGCAGUGUCACACGCAGGAGCGCUACAGCAAAGAGUACAUUGAGCGCUUCCGCCGGGAGGGCAACGACAAGGAGAUCGAGAGGAUCAUGAUGAACUAUGAGAAGCUUAAGUCUCGUCUAGGGGAGAUCCACGACAGUAAGAUUCGUCUGGAGCAGGACCUGAAGACCCAGGCACUGGACAACCGAGAGACGGACAAGAAGAUGAACAGCCUCAAACCUGACCUCAUCCAGCUCCGCAAGAUCAGGGACCAGUACCUUGUCUGGCUCAAUCACAAAGGAGUGCGACAGAAACGAAUUAACGACUGGCUGGGGAUCAAGAACGAGAACACAGAUGAAGGGUACUUUGUGAGUACGGAGGAGGAUGAAAACCUGCCCCACUAUGAUGAGAAGAGCUGGUUUGUAGGGGACCUGAACAGAAUCCAGUCUGAAGACCUUCUACUAGGCAAACCUGACGGAGCCUUCCUCAUCAGGGAGAGCAGCAAGAAGGGCUGCUACGCUUGCUCCGUAGUUGUGGAGGGCGAGGUUAAGCACUGUGUGAUUUACAGCACGCAGAGGGGCUACGGCUUCGCUGAGCCUUACAACCUGUACAGCUCUCUGAAAGACCUGGUCCUGCACUACCACCAGACCUCCCUUGUCCAGCACAACGACUCGCUCAAUGUGCGCCUGGCCUACCCUGUCUACGCACAGAUGCCCUCAUCCUCCGGCCCUGCCCCACGGAGAUGAGCACCCCCCCCCACCCAGCCCCAGGAUGGAUGAGGGGACAGGGGGUGGGGGGGUAACUAUUACCCAGAACCUGAGAAAAUACCUGAGAUGUGGCGAAAAGUGGGAAACACUUGCUGCGACACACGUCAGCCACCUUGGAGUUAUAUAUAUUUCUACUAGAACAAUUGGAGGGCAUUCUUUGUAAAGACUGCUUGAUUUGCACAAGGACGUUUUAAAUGUUUGUGAAUGUGAAAAAACUGAAGGAAAAGAGAAGAGCCGAGUUUUAGGUGACCCUGCUGCAACCUAAACUCCAGCCAGGGCUCUUUUACAGAUUUACCGACAACAUGAAGACGCUCAAUUUUAAGGCUUUGUUACCUGUCGUCCGUCGGUCGCCCCAAUUUUUUUUUCUUUUUUUUUUUCUUUCCUUUUUCCUCUUCUGGUUUUGUUCUCGUUCUUUUUUUAUUUGGACAAUUUAUUUUGUUCGCCGCUUGUUUGCUAAAUGCAAGAGAUGAUGAUUAUAAUGAUGUCGAGUGUAUGUUCUCUGUCCCUCUCCGAAUCAGAAGCAAAAAUAAUGUAGCAUAACAGACAAAAGACGCUUGUUCAGUGUCCCUCCAUAUAGACUGCUGCUGAAGGGUUGGGGGGGAGGGUGAAGUGAAGGGAGAAUCGAAGGGAGGGAAGAGUCGAGAGGGGUCACAAGCGAGAGAAAAGUGUUUUGUAGUCUUAAAAGAAGGAAAAAAAGCUUGAUUUUAUACUAACCGUAGAUGGAGAGUGAGUUUGUUUUCUUGAUGGCUGGAUCAUGUUUCCUUUGACACAUUGUAAGUCAUGGUAAAGACAUGUCGUUAUAGUCACCUACAGAGACCAAAGUUGGCUUGGGCAGAAACAAGUCCAUUGUGUUUUUAUUAGUCUGUAUGAAUGGAGAAGAUUGAAAAAGAGUGGUUGCUUUGUUUAAUACCACACACGAAACAGAGUUUGGGCCAAGUGCUCGUGCACUAUAAGCUCUGAGGGGAUGGUACGCACAGACGGAGACGGUCGGUAGGUUUGAGCGUCUAGACGGCGGUCACGGGUCGGGGUAGAAGCACUUAUCGAAGAGGAGAGCCCAGCCAAGGCGGCACCGUACGGUUUGACACCAAACCCCAAAACUACGGAGAAACAAACGACCUUAGAACCUGAAACAUGUUUGUUUUAAACAAAAUAUUAUUUGUAGUAUAUGCUAAUGUCUGUUUAAAACAAACGGGGACUUUAUGUAUCGGUUACGGAACCUUUGAGAUAAUAGGCUUUGAACUGUUUUUUUGUGUACACGACGCAGGUAGGGAGGGGGGAGUUUCAAGUUGAAGACGAAUGCUUUUGAUGAUGAUAAAAACUUGAAGAAAGUGCGAUCCAACAAUGUAUUAUGAUUAUUUAGGUUAGCAGUCACCCGGAGAGCUGAACGAACCCAGCUUCCUGACAGACUCGCAGGAGAGAUAAUCAAAGUGCACAUUGAAGCUUUUGAAGAUAUAUUGCUUUUCUUUUCUUUCCUUUUUUUUUUUUUGUUUUGUUUGUGUUUCACUCAAACUUCUUACCUGGUGCUUGACUUUAAGACUAGUGGAAACAUUUCUGUUGAAAAUAAAAUAUUAUAACAUCGCAAAAUAAAUAUUGACAAAAUGACAAACAACCACAAUGCAAUUUUCCAGUCUAUUCGGUUACCUCUACUCCCUGAUAUGAAACUCUCUAUUCUGAUUGGCUGUUGUUUGGCUACUGUGUUACCAUUGGCUCUCCUUGCUGCCUAUCUAACCAGCAGCCCCUGAGACACAAUGGACCAGUGAUGUCAAAUAUGGUGGAUAAAUUGAGAUAGUUCACUCAGGCCAUUUACCAUUGAAAAUAAAUUGACAAUUUCUGGUCUACUUAACUGGGUGUUUCCAUAGACACCAAUAGACACCAGUCCUGUCUACUUCGUUCAUUUUCUUUCAUUGAAUCAGAAAAAAAACAGUGAGUGGGUUAUUUCACUCCCUCAUCCAUCUCUGAGUGUCCCUGGGGUCCUGUCUCUCCCAGACAGUUGUCCCCUCCCUGCCUGUUAAUCUUAGGCCAUAUUUAAGACCUUGUUGACAGGAGAGGGUAGCGCUGCAGCAGAGGGGCGAUUUAGUGACCCUGGAGUAGAACAAACACAGUGAUUUUUAAUCGAGCCCCCUCCAAAUUUGCACCUUACUGGACAAAUGUUUUGGCUCAAUUGGGGGUAAAGACACCACUCCAGUGAGGUUGACUACCAAAAUUGAUCUAACAGAUUCAGAGUUACACAUUACAAAAACUGGAUUCAAAUAAGCAACUCUCUUGUCACACUUUGAAAACAAGAGAGUUGUGUAUUGUCUGGAGUCUUCACUAAACUACCAGUGGAAAUCAGUGAAGUGUAUGGGGUCACACCAGUAAGAACCAGUGCCCAGUGUGUGUGAGAAGGAAAGGCCAUGUUAUCUAGCCAUGCGGUGGUGGUGAAGUGGAAUCAUCAUGGUGAAUGAAUGAGUGAAUGAUACAGUCUUGGUAAAAGCCCCCCCCCACCCCACCCCUUGGAGUAGUGCACUAAGAUAAGCCAGAUGAGGCAGUGGGGGGGGGGGUCACUAGGUCACAGUCAGUGCUGAAAGCCCUUGAUAAAGAACACAUGCAAGGGAGGAGGAGGGAGAAGGUGUGACACUCCCUCUCAAGACGAGAGGAGAGAUGGGUUCUCCCUUAUUCAGUCUCUCCCUGGUCUGUAUGUUCUGAUGUGCCUAGUAACAGCUGUUAGGGUUACGGUGAGGUUCAGCUCUUCUGUAUGGAGUGUAGUGGGGUGUGAUAUGGUGUACUGGGGAGGGAAGGGGGUUAGAGGUCAUGUUGAAUGUAAAACUGGAUCAGGCUGUUCUGAUAGAUGGACGUUUGUUUGUGUCUCCUCAUCCCUGUUUUCUUUGGCAAGGACCCUCAUGCAGGAUGCUAGGAUACCCUUUUGCUACAACAGUUUCAUAACAAAACCCACUUUAAUCUCUGGACUGGUAAAAAAACAGGUUUAACAACACCCAGACAGUAAGCUAGACCUUUUGUCAUUCAUUAUAAUGGUGUCUACCUGGUUCUAAUCAUGUCUAUCCACCUCAGUGGCCCUGCUCUGUUAGGUUUGUCCACUGAGGUAGCUCAAGAGCCUGUCUAUCUUCACUUCAGUCUCCUCUCCUUCCUUAUCCUCCACCAUGGUUUGAAGGUUGUUAUUUUGUUGACUUUUAGUUCUUUCUUUUUUUUACUAGGAGCCCUAUAGGGCCCUAACUCUAUUACUUGAACUAUUGCAUUGCUCACUGUUGAAUGUCUUUAUAUAGAAAUAUACAUAUAUUAAAUAAAAUAUCUGUUUUGUUGUUCUAUAGUAGUGAGCGGGACUGGGUUGACUUUUAAAUAUAUAUCAUUAUAACAUGUUUAUGUCACAGAAACAGAAAUACAAGUAAGAUUCUUUGCAAGGAGGGAAAGAUGUGCUUUCUCAGAAAUAUACUAAGAUUACGUUUGUUGAUGGGGGGGUUGGCUUGUCUGAUAUCGCAAACAUCACUCUUCAGAGAAGACAGGGUGCAUCCGAAAUGGCGCCGCAUUUCCUAUAUAGUGCUUUUGGGAAUCGCGUGCCAUUUCAGACGCAGACACGGUGUGACUCUGUCUCAUCUCCAGUUGUUAUUCCCCACUGUGAGACAAAGCAUUUCCUUUACUAAUCUAUGAUGCUGAAAGAACACAUAGUAUUUUUGUUCGUGAUUUAGUUGUUCCUAUACUCCCCCCCCCCCCCCCCUGGCAUUGAGACCAAAGAUUUCAGUUGACUUUAUUUUUAGCCUUUAGAUGUUGAUAGUUUGAAAGGGAUGUUUGUUUCCAUGUUACAUGUCAUUUCCAUUGCCUUGUUUCCAGAAAAACUCAGAAGUGAAUAUGGUACCGUAGCUAGAGGUAAUCAGACUGAGUGAAUAUGGGUAGCCUUGUGGUUAGAGUGUUGGACUAGUAACCGGAAGAUUGCAAGUUCAAACCCCCGAGCUGACAAGGUACAAAUCUGUCGUUCUGCCCCUGAACAGGCAGUUAACCCACUGUUCCUAGGCUGUCAUUGAAAAUAAGAAUUUGUUCUUAACUGACUUGCCUAGUUAAAUAAAGGUAAAAUAAAAGUCCCAUACAGUUAGCUAGAAUCCUAACCCUGUUAGUGAUAAUGAUGUUGCUAAUUGAAGUAUAAUAGUAAUGCAUUAUUGGGGAUAGAUGGUCCUUGGUGAUAUUUGAGGUAUUCGAUGUAUACCAAAGAACAUUUGGAUGUCCUUACCAAGCAGUGUGGUUAAGGAGGAUAGUUUGCCACACCUCUGUCUUUUGUCUAUUCACAUUAGACUGAUAGUUUUCACCGCUCUGAAAGUGAUGAGAGAUAGAAGGCAGAUUUAUUCCUAUGUCAGGGUUUAAUUUGAAUGAUUUAGCAAGUCUCUGCACCCAUGAUGUGAGUGGCUUUAUUGGUCUAAAAUAUGUGUGCCGUUGGUGUGAUUCCUCUUUUAGUUUAGGUUGUGAAAGACCUCUUACUUCACCAAAAACACUCCCUGUGUCUGUCUCCUUGUUUUCUCACAACACAGUCAUAUAUUUGCACACGUUGAACCAGUCGGACGUGCGGUUGCUCUCUCUCCCUCUCAGCUUUGAAAGCGAAUAAGACAAAUACACUUUAAUUUCCCCUUGUGUCUAGUGGUUUGUCUUAAAAAGAGAAGAAGUGAUUGUCGUUCUUCUGCGGGACAGAAAGCAAGUGUCCCUUAAGUUCUUUCACUCCAGAAUGCAUGCAAUAUCCCUUUCCUUUUCUGUCAAGGGUCAGAGGUCAGGGUCAGAGGAGUAAUGCGUGAGAGAGAUGUUCUGUCUGAGAUUUAGUGUUUAUUAAAGAACAGCACCUUUGUGUUUCUGUUGAACCACUGUCAGUGGGAUAUUACUUGGGACAAGGUGUGCUGCACAUACUACCAAGACAUUUCGAAGAGGUUAGGACGAACCAAAAUAUCUUAUUCCCCAAGUUUACUUUUUGACUGUUUUAAUAGUUUUCUGUGUGAAAACAAAACUCUUACGUUGGAGUACAGGUACAGGACAACGCAGGCGUAGGUUUCCUAUAGCACCGCAAGACUGUUAUAUAGCUAUAAUGUCUGUUGUUCUUCUUCUUCUUUCCCCUCAAGCAGUUCUGCAGAGUUUCAUUUGCGGCAUGCAGCCAGUGGGGUUUGAAUAUGUUGUGAUUCUCACCAGGAGCCGUGUGUGUUCUUAGCACUGCUAUAUGAUCACAAUACCCAGCACAGCUUCAUGGGAGUACAGCUUCUUAUUCAAAAAAAAAAAGAUUUAGAAAGAAAAAGAGAAAACAAUUGUUUGGAAGAAAAAAAUGUGUGUAUCACACUGUCCCCUAUCCCUCUUUUGACAUACGUACAGAUCCAGCAUGCAUCUUUGGUACUCGUGACUGUUGUUUUUGUGUUAAAAAAACAAAAAAAAUGGAAAAAAAAGAGAUGUUUUAAAAGAAAAACGGUUGUUUGACUGUUCAUGGUGUAUUCCGAUCUGAUUUGAAUCCAGCUAACUAAACAAGUCACUGCUUCCAGCUGAACCAAGUUACAGUCUUAUUAUUGUCCGUUUAUAGCGUCAUAAGUAUGUAAUACUGAGAAAGAUGAACGGCACGGCAAUAGAAAACGUGUGUUCAUUGUGGUCUGUUUGGCAUGUUGAAACCAACACGUUUCUCCAUAUCACAAUACCUGUCAAUGUUUGAGACCGACAAUAUAAUGUGCUUUGAAUGUUUGACCUGUAAAGCAUUUACUGGGUUUGCUUACAGUACACAACUUGAAACUCACAUAAUCAAACAGUUAUUCUCAUUUCACAGAAUGUUCGCAGAAUUGUUUGAACACCAGCAGUUUUUGUCAUGUAGGCUACUUAAUAGACAAAACACAAGCAAUAUGACAUUGAUCUCCUUUUAUUUUUCUGUCUGCUUACUUUAUUCUGACAAUUACUGCGAAGUAAGUACCCACUCACAUAGACGUUCUGGUAUAUAAUUGUGUGUUUCUGGAGCGCCAUUGUGGUGUUGUUGCAUGUGGAUUGUGAUGGUGAUGACUUUACCUUGUGCCGCCGGCUAUGAGUGGUGCUCUACUCUCCAGACCAAUCAAACAGAGACUUCUUUCUCAGUAUUACAACAACGACAUACAUACCGUGCUUUUAGCUUCUAUAGGUAUUCCCUUCAUCAGUUUAAAGUUGUUUUAAUAAUGCCACGGUACACUACUUCACUUUCUCGUAUCUGUUGCAAUGGUUUGUGUAUGUUGUAAAAUCUCCAUUUGUUAUGAACUCAACUCUUGUACGUUAUCAAUGGAACUUCACUAUAUUCAUUUCUCUCGCAGAAUAAAGAAAAUAUUUUAUUCAAA